AGGGGGUGGAGUGAGAUACCGGAGGCAUAAAAGCAUCAGAAGGUGCCCCACAGCGCUGCUGUUUCAGAGGCAGACAUACCAAAGAUGAGUGCCCUGCAAGCUGUCGUCGCCCUCCUGCUCUGCGGGCAGCUUUUCGCGGUGGAAACCAGCGAGACCACAACUGCCACAGAUGACAGCUGCUUAAAGCCCCCCGAGAUUGCCAAUGGCUACCUGGAACACUUGGUUCGCUAUCGGUGUAAAACCCACUACAAACUACGCGCUGGAGAUGGAGUGUACACCUUAAACAGUGAGAAGCAGUGGAUAAAUAAGGACCUUGGAGAGCAACUCCCUGAGUGUGAAGCAGUAUGCGGAAAGCCCAAGCAUCCAGUGGUUCAGGUGCAAAGGAUCAUCGGUGGCUUACUGGAUGCCAAAGGCAGCUUUCCCUGGCAGGCUAAGAUGGUCUCCCACAAUAAUCUCACCUCGGGGGCCACGCUGAUCAAUGAACAAUGGCUGCUGACCACAGCUAAAAAUCUCUUCUUGGGUCAUGACAAUACAACAAAAGCAAAAGACAUUGCUCCUACUUUAAGGCUCUAUGUGGGGAGAAAGCAGCUUGUGGAGAUUGAGAAGGUGCUUCUCCACCCUGACUACUCCCAGGUAGACAUUGGGCUCAUCAAACUCAGAGAGAAGGUGCCCACUGAUGAGACAGUAAUGCCCAUCUGCCUACCUUCAAAAGAUUAUGUGGAAGUGGGGCGUGUGGGUUACGUGUCUGGCUGGGGGCGAAAUGCCAACUUAAUUUUUACUGAGCAUCUGAAGUACAUCAUGCUGCCGGUGGCUGACCAAGACAAGUGUGCACAGCACUACGAAGGCAGCACUGUGCCCGAGAAGAAGACACCAAAGAGCCCUGUAGGGGUGCAGCCGACACUGAAUGAGCACACCUUCUGUGCUGGCUUGUCCAAGUAUCAGGAAGACACCUGCUACGGUGAUGCCGGCAGCGCCUUUGCCAUUCACGAUGAGGCUGACGACACCUGGUAUGCGGCUGGGAUCCUGAGCUUUGACAAGAGCUGUGCUACUGCCGAGUAUGGUGUGUAUGUGAAGGUGUCCUCCAUUCUGGACUGGGUUCAGAAAACCAUAGCUGACAACUAAUGCAAGGCUGGCUGGGAGCCUUUGCCUGAAAGGCCGAGGGAAAACUGGACAGUAGCAGAGGGGACAAAAACGUGGCAUGAAGCUGAUGGGUUCCAGCUCUGCAUUGCUGAGUCGAUCAAUAAAGAGCAUCCUUUGACUCA